CAAAAAGAAACUUUGGGGCGCCCGGAGUGCCGAGUGGAGGGGCGUUCGUUUGGCUUUUCGUGCGUGGUCUACAGGAUCAGCCGCUCCAGGAAGAGAGAUGUCGAAGCCGCCACCCAAACCGGUCAAACCAGGGCAAGUUAAAGUAUUCAGAGCUCUUUAUACAUUUGAACCCAGAACUCCAGAUGAAUUGUACUUUGAAGAAGGUGAUAUCAUCUACAUUACUGACAUGAGUGAUACCAAUUGGUGGAAAGGCACUUCCAAAGGCAGGACUGGACUGAUCCCAAGCAACUACGUGGCUGAACAGGCAGAAUCCAUUGACAAUCCAUUGCAUGAAGCUGCAAAAAGAGGCAACUUGAGCUGGUUGAGAGAGUGUUUGGACAACCGAGUCGGUGUUAAUGGCUUAGACAAAGCUGGAAGUACUGCCCUAUACUGGGCUUGUCAUGGGGGCCACAAAGAUAUAGUGGACAUGCUGUUUACUCAGCCAAACAUUGAACUGAACCAGCAGAACAAGUUGGGAGAUACAGCUUUGCAUGCUGCUGCCUGGAAGGGUUAUGCGGAUAUCGUCCAGUUGCUUCUGGCAAAAGGUGCUAGAACAGACUUAAGGAACAAUGAGAAGAAACUGGCCCUGGACAUGGCUACUAAUGCUGCCUGUGCAUCUCUCCUGAAAAAGAAACAGGGAACAGAUGCAGUUCGAACAUUAAGCAAUGCUGAGGACUAUCUUGAUGAUGAAGACUCAGAUUAAUUCCCUUCUGGAGCUUUGAGAUCUGAAACUUCUGUUGCUUUUGCCAUUUCAAAACCUUGUCUUUGCCAGAGGAGUGUUGGUAACUGUAAAAAAAAAAAAAAAAGUCUAUAUGAACAUGGCAGUGUUGUACUGUGAGUAGAACAUGUAAAUGAAUAGUUUUCACCUUCUGUUUGCCAAUAAGUGACUGGAUAUUUUGCUGUAUAAAGUACGUUGUUGUGCAUCAGAAUAGAAUAAGAAGAGAUUAUUUCUAUUUAUCAAGCUUAAAGGAAUUUAAAAAUGUUUUUCCUAUAAAAAAAAAUCAGGUUUUUUUUGUUUUGUUUUGUUUUUUAGUUAAAGUUCUUUACCUCAAGGAUUGAGUUAUUUUGAAUGGAGUUUUCAAGGGAGGGAAUGCUUAUUAUAAUAAUAAACCAAAAGACUUAACAGAAAAUCGUCAGCUAUUCUGACAAAAAUAAACAUUUUAAGAGAA